AUGGAAAUCAGCUUAGCUUUUUCACACCGAAUGAUACCUGUGGAUAUAUACAAAAAGACCUGGCCAAGACAUAUUAUUACAUGUUGUAAUCUUUCCAUAGAUGCACACCUCCGACAGUUUUCAAUUUGUAGGAGUAUAAAAUCAGAAUCAGAAUUAUUGAAAAUAAGGGGAGGUUUCUUCAGUGAAGAUGAUGAAAUACAUACCAUCUGUCCAAAACACAGAUAUGUUCUUGGUGUUGGAUGGAGGUCAAGUAGGAUGUGUUCCCUUGGAUGGACAUGUAAUCAUCAAAGCAAGAGCAAUUCAAAAGGAACCAUAACAAAAGAGCAGUCAUUCUUCCUGAAGAAUUAUUAUGAUUGUCUUAUUAGAAUUGGUUCAGGAGUGAGUUCCAAUUGUAGAAAACAUCUUGUAAAAAGGAUGGAAUCAGAUAAGGAGAAUACACAAGGGGAAAAUGAGGUAGACACAUAUCCAGUUGGUUCUGCUGAAGUUCUUCACAAAGGAUGGGCUUUGAAGUCAAAAUGCGAGUUUAAGUGAUUCACUGAAUCUCAAAAAUCUUUCUUGAAAGUUUGAGGUUGUAGAAAGCAGUGGUCAUAAACUUGACCCAGAAGAUGUAGCCUCCGAGAUGAGAAGAGUGAGAAAUGCAGAAGGAAAGUGCAUUUUCAGAAUUGAUGAGUUCCUUUCAGGAAAUCAAGUUUCCAGCUAUUUCUGCAGAUUGGACUUAAAA